AUGGCCGAUUGGAAUAAGGAUCAGUGGGGAGUGCAACAGGGACAGGGGAAUUCGCCAUUCUACGCUCUUGGCGGGGAGCCGAAGCCUGGACACUCUCAGCCAUAUGCGCAACCAGUUGUUCAGCCGCAGUACGACCCACAAUCUUCUGCAAACCAAGAAACUCCCUUCGAAGACGGUCGGUUUCACCCGAAGAAACGGGUCAACGACAUUUUCUUCCUGAUCCUUUUCAUUCUGCAGUUUGCCGGGUUUGUCGCGCUUUCAGGAAUUGCCCUCUCAGGAUAUGUGUCAAAUAACGGGCUUGGGGGUGGUGUAGGCAAUGGCUCUCAGGUGGGCUCGUCGGUGACCCUCAAUCGGCAUACUGCCUAUCUUCUGUUAUUCGUCACUGCAGCAGCUCUUGUCCUGUCUAUAGCCUACCUGAUGCUCGCACGCAUCUUUACACGGGCCUUGAUGCACAUGACUCUCGUGCUGUCCGUAGUACUUAACAUUGCCAUUUGCGCUUAUUACUGGAGUACUGGUUACUAUUCCGGUGCCAUCAUAUUCACCAUCAUUGCCUUGUUCUCGAUCUUUGCCUAUUUGGGCUUUAGGUCUCGCAUUCCACUAGCGUCCCUUCUCCUGCAAGUAGUAAUGGAUGUCUCCAAACAUCACAUGAGCGUCUACGUUGUUGCCUUCAUCGCCUUGAUCUCGCAAGCUGCUCUAAGUGUGUGGUUUUCUUAUACACUGAUUGCGAUAUACACGAAAUGGACACCUGGUAAUCCAAGUUGCGGCAACGGAACGUCUUGUUCCGGGAGCACUGUGGCAGGCCUAAUAUUCUAUGCAGUAUUCUCGUACCUCUGGACAUCCCAAGUCAUUGGUAACGUCGCCUUAGCCACUCUUGCUGGUGGAGCGUACGGAAGUUGGUAUUACUUCGGGCCUCGAGAACAAGGACAGAUGCCAAAGCAUCCAACCCUCAGCGCUUUUGGACGUGCUUCAACGCUGUCUCUUGGGUCAAUAGCAUUUGGAUCCUUGAUUGUCACUAUUCUGGAAGUCGUCCGCCUUAUCUUGAACGCUGCGAGGAACAAUGCAAAUGCGCAAGGGAGUUUCGUAGAGGCGUGUCUUGCUUGCUGCGCAGAGUUCUUCGUUGGAUGUAUCGAAGGACUGGUAAACUACUUCAAUAGAUAUGCCUACAUCGAAAUUGCGCUCUAUGGAAAGCCUUACAUUAAAGCAGCAAAAGACACUUGGACUAUGUUCAUGGAUCGUGGGAUUGAUGCGCUUGUCAACGAUUCAUUGAUUGGCAUGACUUUGAUGUGGGGAGCUUAUGCCAUCGGGCUUCUAUGCUCACUCUUCGGGUAUCUCUACCUGCGCCUGACACACCCUGCAUACAACGCCGAUGGACAGUACACAGCGCCGGUUGUCUUGUUCGCAUUCCUCAUUGGAUUACAGUGUUCGGUAACAAUGUCAACUGCCAUCGAGGCUGGUGUAUCUACUAUCUUCGUAGGUCUGGGAGAAGAUCCACAAGUAUUAGCUGCACGCGCACCCGACCUAUUUGGGCUCAUUGCUCUUACCUAUCCUCGUGUCGUUCAAGGGGUACCGAGGGUCUGA